AUGCCUAAGCGAAAGGGUACCACCGAGCCAUCUGGAUCCAACAAGGAAGCCAAGUCAUAUUUAUCCAAGCACGAGUUUGAUGAAGUUUGCGGUCGACUUGAGAAAACCAUCGUGGAUGAAAAAGAUUCUUCGGCUUUUGUCUGUGGUGGUACUAUACCAAUCAAAGACAAAGCAGCGGAGUCAAAGAACCAUACAAAGCCGUCCAACCCGAUCACCAUUUUCUGGGAAUCGAAAGAUGAGGUCUCUCAGGCAAAAAAACUCGUUCUCCCUCUCAGAGACUCAAGCGAUACCGGUCUUCACCAACUAGUCGCCGAUUGUGAGCCUGCCAGUUUUGGUAAAGGGCAGGAGAAUGUCAUGAAUCCCGAAUAUCGCAAAGCAGGCAAGCUCGAACCUAGUCAAUUUGCGACGAGCUUCCAUUUCAUGGAAUUUGGUCUCCAUGAGAUCAUCGAGAAUAUCCUCAUACCUCCUUUGGAUUUUAAAGAGAAAGACGCGCCUCGGCGCAUCGAAGCAGAACUCUACAAGCUCAACGUGUACUCCGGUCCGUCUGGCGUCUUCCACAAACACGUUGAUACUCCGCGCUCGAAAAGCCAAGUCGGAUCCCUGGUUGUCUGCUUGCCAUCGGCUUUCAAGGGUGGAAACUUGAUUGUGCGGCACAAAGGCAAGGAGAUCGAUUUCGAUUGGGAGCACCAAAGCGCAGAUAUGAUCCAAUGGGCUGCUUUCUACAGUGACUGUGAGCAUGAAAUUAAGACUGUCACCCAUGGUGAACGCAUCACCUUGGCCUACAAUCUAUACAUCACGGAGCUACUCGAUGUCCCUGGGUCACUCAUUGAUGCAAAGAAAUUAGCCUUGUACGAGUCGUUGAAAAGCACUCUGCAGGAUUUCAGAUUCAUGCCGAAAGGUGGUGUCCUCGGAAUAUUCUGUUCUCAUGCCUAUCCACACACAGCGUCUAACGUUGAGAACCUACUUCCACGAGGUCUGAAAGGCGGAGACAUGACUGUAUAUGCUGUCUUGCGUUCGCUUGGGGUCAACGUCAACGUGCUCCCCGUGAUAAUCGAUGAUGAAGAAAGUUACUAUGAUGAAGAUGAUGAGGAGAUUACAAAGAAGGAUGCAGAGAGGAGCCCCGAGAGGAGUGCCGAGUAUCUUCAAUACAAGAAUCUUGGCAAACGUGUACACGUAGGGGCCAAGCUACAGCCUCCCCAAGUCACCGACGCUGAUAGCCCUGAAGAAGAAGAAGAAGGGGGACUGUCCGCGAAUAUCAAAAGUUGGCCGACAAGCGAGUACUCACGGCCUAUCACAUGGCUUUCUACUCCACACCACAAAGAACUUGCCAUGGCUUAUAUGGCUUACGGAAACGAGUAUACCCAGCAAACGGCCUACUCGUAUGCCGCUGUCAUAGCAGUUAUACCUCCAUCUACUGAGCGCCAAAUAUCCAACUAG